GCACCACCUGCGUCCUCCUGUCCUUCCCCUUCAUCUUCAACCCCUGCCUGGGCUGCGAUGAGAACACGCCGCAGUGGGCAGCCUUCAUCUACUACCUCCCCUUCAUCGUCAUCUUCCAGUUCGGCUGGGCAGCCACGCAGCUCUCCCCCCUGUAUGCCUUCACCGUCAUGGCCAAUAUCACUGUGUAUGGCCUGGCCUGGCUGCUGCUGAACUUCCAGGUGGACCAGCCUGACCUCACAGAGCACCUAGGCCCCCAGGAUAUCCCCACAUUUCGGAACCUGUCCCUCAUCGUGGUGGGGCUGGGGGGGGGGGUCGCGAUGCUCUACAUGUCCACCCGGCUCAUCGUCAACCUGUCGCAGACCUACAUCGCCAUGUACCUGACCAACUCGCUGCUCCUGCCCAAGAAAUACACCACCACCAUCCCCCUGGUGAUGUAUGUCAGUGGCUUCCUCUCCUCCUUCCUCAUGAAGCCUGUGAAUAAGUGGAUAGGUCGCAAC